AUGGCUGAUCACUCCCUUGAAGCUGUUGCCCAGCUGGGUACAAGUCUCGCGAGUAAACUCAACUUGCACUCUGAAGGAUGUCGCAAAUCUCGUCAGCGACUCCCGAAGCUGGUGUCUCUGGUCAACUCGACUGCUUCGACCAUCCGUCAGAUUCAUGAUCUGAUUCAGCAGAACGACAAGAUCUUCACGGAAGCAUGCGUGAAAGACAUCAACUCCCUUGCUGCCAAAUGCAGGGCUAUUUAUGUCGGAGUUUUGACGCUCAUCGCGAAGAAAACACAGAGUGUCAGUGGAGAUAAAGAUGCAAAGACCUUGUCGGCUGAGCAGAUUGAGGAGCUCUUGGCCUGUCUUGCCAACAUGAGUGUCUGGCGAACCGAGGCUUGGAACUGGCUGGAGCCGCGAUUCAAGAUUUGCCAGCAGGAGUUGAAGCAAGUCAAGUUUGAACUUGUCCUGCGUUAUCUCCUUGGAAGUAUUGCCCGGCUUCAGAUGGAAACUAUGGUACGUUCCCCAGGCGCUUGGGAAAAUGAAAACUCCCUGCGAUGUUUCGCCGAGAACGUCGCUGAAAGGCGCGUGAUGUACUACAAGUCUUACAACAGAAGGCGCGCUGCCUGGAACAAGGCACCUUCACCAAAGGCCUCGUUCGACGAUGUCAGAAGUGUUUAUUCAACAUCAACCACAAGUACCGCGGUCCUUUCUCCACGCGUGACAGUAAUCGAUCGAGACAGCUUCGAUGAGAAGGUCAAGACUGAAACAGUUGAUAUUUCGAAAGAGUCUUCAGAAAUUACCGUUGAGAACACUAUCCAGAACAAGCAGUCUGAUAACUCUUCUCGAAACUGGUUCCAACGUCUCUUCUCUUCUAGUCCCAAAGAGGAUUGGAAGAAUGAAGACAUCAUGGCUUUCGUUCUUGACAUGAGCCACGCAAACAAGCUCAUCACCAGACUGGAGCUAGAUGACAAGGAGCUCAAAGCCAACCUCUCCAAGCUGACCUCGAGUCGUCUCUGGAAACGUCGCCUUAACCUUGUCGAGCAAUACUCGGCCCUUGAUCAGAAUGUUCGCCAGGAUGUCGAUAAUGCCAUCAUUGUCGCAAAGCGCAAGAGCACCCGUGAAAUGACUCUUGUGGCCAUGGUGGCCAAGAAGUCAGACUCGCAGAAGGCCGCUGACAAAGGAUCUGGCUUCCACUAUGCUCCUGAUCUUAAUGUCACUCUCUACUUCAAGCUAGGUGCUGAGUUUGAGCCGAUCUAUCUGAUUGAUCAAGAGAGAAGGCUUGAGUUGCCUUACACGUCUUGUGCCACUUUCAAGAUGAUGAGAGAUCUGAUGACACAAACCAACUGGGCCCCCGGCGUUGCUCACCAUAUCAUGGCUGGUCGGUACGAUCUCUGCACUCAAGACGGUCUAGCGGUCAUGCUUGGAACAUGGGACUCAGUUCGUCGUCCCGGCAUGACACUGACCCUCAAGAUCUGGCCACCUCCAGGUCCACCAGGUCCACCUCGGCCCAGAAUGUGCCCACCCCCGCCCAUGGGCUACGUUCCGCCAGUCAAAAAAUACAGCCAAGAGAUGAAGGAGACCUAUCAUGAGAUGGUGGAGUUGCUCGGCCUCUCUGAAGGGUGUGUUCCAGACCAGGAGACUGUCAAGUCUGGACUAGGAGACCUUCUGCGUCUGUGGACUAAUGCUAUUGAUCCCCAUACAGAGGAUUGUUCGGAUUGUGCAUCGUUCAUGAUGAGCUAUACCUCUUCGAGCUCUGAGUACAGCGACUGA